UUUCUCUUGUGGGAUCCUUUUUGUCAACUUCCUGGAGUGUGGCUUUCCGGUACAUGUUUCAUAGUUUCUUCUCUCUGCAAGUACGUGUAUAGUUCUUGAGAUUCUUUGCGGUCCUCCCACGGCAGCCUCUGGAUUAUUGGGUGUUCUUUAGGAUCUUUAGGUACCCAUUACCUUCUUUUCUUUUUCAUCCUCUGUACAUGAAUACCAUAUUAGGCGUUUGUAGGUGUUGCUUCUGCUUCCUUUCUGUGGUGGAAAAGGGGAGGUUAAAAUCUAGGUCCUGUCGGUGUUGAGUUAUUUUUUGGUGGUCUGAAUUGGCGUUCUUUGUAUUGAUUCAGAGUGGGUUGAGAGGAAAGUUUUGGUGGGUUGUGGGUUUUCAUGCCCUUGACUUUCAUUCUGAUACUGUUGCUUUUUCAUUUCUCUUGUUUUUGGGAGAUGGGUUUCUUGCAGUAUCAACCGAAGAAUUGAAAUUGGGGCGUUCCGUUCUUCCCUUUGGUUGGUAGAUUUGAUGGACUGUCAACGUUGAAGUGUGGAGUUUUCUUAGGCAUUUUACCGUGAAUUGGAGGAAGACCAAUCUAGAGGAUUUUAAGGUAGGGGGGAGACGAUGGCAGCGACUCUGCCUGUCGAGGUCUCCAGGUAUGCUCACAGCCCAGUUCACAGGGCUGUGGCAAUUCGUGACCAUGCCAUGCUAAGGCGCAUCGUCUCCACCCUUCCUCGCCUUCGUGAUCCCUCUGAGAUCCGAACUGAAGCCGUCUCAAUCUCUGAAGAGGAAAAAGCGGAAGCGAUAUCCAACGUUAUCGACCGGAGGGACGUUCCCAAUCGCGAGACACCGCUUCACCUUGCAGUGAAGCUUGGUGAUGCAGUUGCUGCAGAGAUUUUGAUGGCAGCUGGGGCUGACUGGAGUUUGCAAAAUGAGCAAGGAUGGAGCCCCCUUCAAGAGGCCAUUUGUGCCAGAGAAGAAGCGAUUGCACGGAUCAUUGUCCGCCAUUACCAGCCACUUGCGUGGGCUAAGUGGUGCAGAAGGCUUCCUAGGCUUGUGGGUACCAUGAACAGGAUGAGGGACUUUUAUAUGGAAAUCAGUUUCAAUUUUGAGAGUUCUGUGAUUCCGUUUAUCUCUAGGAUCGCACCAUCUGAUACAUACAAGAUCUGGAAGAGAGGAUCCAACUUGCGAGCCGAUAUGACCUUGGCUGGCUUUGAUGGAUUUAGGAUUCAGCGCUCAGACCAAACCAUCCUCUUUCUUGGUGAGGGAUCUGAGGAUGGUAAAGUCCCGCCAGGAUCAUUGUGUAUGGUUUCUCAUAAAGAUAAGGAAGUUAUGAAUGCUUUGGAUGGUGCGGGCACACCUGCUUCAGAGGCUGAAGUAGCACAGGAAGUGGCUGCUAUGUCACAGACUAACAUUUUUAGGCCCGGAAUUGAUGUCACUCAGGCUGUUUUACUCCCGCAGUUAACAUGGAGAAGGCAGGAGAAAACCGAAAUGGUUGGCCCAUGGAAAAGCAAAGUCUAUGAUAUGCAUCAUGUCGUUGUAAGUGUCAAGUCUAGACGUGUGCCUGGUGCAAUGACAGAUGAGGAAUUUUUCUCUUCUUGUAAUGAGAAUGAUACUGAAAGCGAAGAUUAUGAGGACUUGCUAACAGAUGAGGAGAAACGUCAACUGGAAAUUGCUCUGAAAGUAGACUCAUCUGAGGCCGCUGAUGAUGGGGGUGGUGAUGGCUUCAUCACUCACAGACAUAGUUGUUAUGAACCUCGAGAGAUCCCAAUCGAGGACAUGCAAAAUAGUCCCAAAGUGGAGAAUAAGCAGGAGAAGAAAGGGUGGUUUGGCAAUUGGGGAAGGCGUGGAGUGAAAAAUGAAGGACAGAAGAAAAUGAUUCCCCCUAGAAAUUCGGUCUGUGUUGAGGAGAAAGUGAGUGACCUCCUUGGUGAAUCUCCAUCUAGGCUUCAAACAAGACCUGGAAGGCACUCAGUGGAGAUUGUUCGUGGGGAAGAAUUGCAAAGAGCUCGAGACAGAGAAGCUAAAAAAGGGGCAAUAAGUUCCGAAAAUAUGAGUCGCAAAAAGGGUGGCAGCCGUGAGAGUGAGUAUAAGAAAGGGUUGAGACCUGUCCUCUGGCUCUCUCCUGACUUCCCACUUCAGACUGAAGAGCUCCUGCCACUUCUUGACAUUUUGGCCAACAAGGUCAAGGCCAUUCGUCGUUUGAGGGAGCUGCUUACCACGAAGCUUCCUACAGGAACUUUCCCAGUCAAGGUUGCUAUACCAGUUGUUCCCACAAUCCGUGUCUUGGUGACAUUUACAAAGUUUGAAGAGCUGCAACCUGCAGAGGAGUUCUGCACACCACCUUCAAGCCCUGGAAAUAGUCUGAGCACGGGAAGGGAGAGUCCUGUUCUGCAACCUUCAACCUCAUGGUUUCAAUGGAUUAAGGUCCCUUAUCGCCAAAGCUCUUCUACACUUUCAGGCCCUGGAAGCCGUGUGGAAGACAUCCAGGACCCUUUUGCUAUUCCUCCAGAUUACAAGUGGAUUACUGUGGAAGAAAAGAAAAAAAAGAUGCAGGAGAAGAACAAAACAAAGAAGGGCAGAAGUCAGAAUUCUUAGAUGAGAAGGUAUUCAUGAGAAACUCUUCCAGUGAUUAUGCUUCUUGUGCCUUCUUUCCACCCGCUUAUCCCCACUAGGAAGAUAAGGAAGGAAUAUAAUGGCACGGUACAUACUCCUGGUUGAUGGCUGAAAUGUCCAUAUGAUUACUGCCACUGGCAACAAUUUUCCAGGAGUAAAAUGAUGAGGUGCAAUUUACAAAUCAUUGCUGAGCAAUUUCAGGCAAGCUGCAGUUUCGUCCUACAUUUCUGUAAAUUUCUGAAAUAUUUGUAACCAAUAUGAAUGUUUCAAUUUGUUUUCUCACAUUAAUCAAAGCAAACAUUCAUUUGGUAA